AUGGGAGUCAAACACAAGGUCGCCACGCCUUAUCACCCUCAAACCAGUGGGCAAGUUGAAGUCUCCAACAGACAGAUCAAGGCCAUAUUGGAGAAGACUGUGAGCUUCACUAGGAAAGACUGGGCAGCAAGGCUUGAUGAGGCACUUUGGGCUUAUAGAACAGCCUACAAAACCCCCAUUGGAAGGUCUCCUUUCAAUUUGCUGUAUGGGAAGGACUGCCACUUACCUGUGGAGGUCGAAUAUAAGGCUUUAUGGGCAGUAAAGAUGCUGAACUUUGAUAUAAAGGCAGCACAAGAAAGGAGGGUAAUGAACUUGUUUGAGCUGGAGGAGAUAAGAAUGAAUGCCUAUGAGAACUCUAGGAUUUACAAGAUGAGAACCAAGGCAGCCCACGACAAACUGAUUCGCCUUAAGGACUUCAAGGUUGGGGACAGUGUGCUCUUGUAUAACUCCAAGCUAAGGUUGUUUCCCGGGAAGCUGAGGUCAAAUGGGCGGGACCAUUCAAGAUUCACGAAGUUCUACCCUAUGGGUCCCUCACUUUGCUCAAUCAAGAGGGGAAGGAAUUCACAGUGA